GGCAAUCUCCCGAUAAUUUAUAGUGUUCUCCAUCAACCUUAGAAUAUUAACAAAGUAGAAUCUUGAAGAACAGAUCAUGGCUACAGAAGAUACUUCAAUUCGCACGCUUGAACACACACCAUCAUGGGCACUCGCCACAGUUUGUUUUGUUAUCAUAUCCGUUUCAAUUGUCCUGGAGCACAUUUUUCAUCUCCUCACAAACUGGCUUAACAGAAGUCGAAGAACUGCUUUGGGCGAGGCAGCGGACAAGCUCAAAUCAGAGUUGAUGUUGUUAGGAUUCAUGUCAUUGAUGCUGGCGGCGACCCAAAAACCAAUUUCUAAAAUCUGCAUACCAGCCAAUCUUGCGAACUCCAUGCUUCCUUGUCGUAAAGAGGUUGCAAUAUCCAAACUCACUGCAGUACAAAAUUAUGGAAACUUUGCCGGUAGUUUUGUUGGGAGUUUGUCUUCAGAGAAUGGUCUGCGUGGUAAGAAUAUUUUAUGGGGGCAUAGGAGUUUGUUAGCAGAUGACGGUGUAAAUAUUUCUGAUGAUCCUUGCAGUUCAAAAGGAAAGGUUUCUUUAAUAUCAGAAAAAGGGAUCCAUCAGCUUCACAUAUUCAUUUUUGUGCUAGCAGUUAUGCAAAUUGUAUAUAGUGUUCUAACCAUGGCUCUGGGCUGGACCAAGAUGAGGCGGUGGGAAGCUUGGGAGAAAGAAAGUCGGACAAUUGAAUACCAAGUUGCAAAUGAUCCAAAUCGAUUUAGACUCACAAGACAAACAACAUUCGGAAGACGGCAUAUAGAGACUUGGACAAACAUGUCAGCUCUUCUAUGGAUGAUAUGUUUCUUCAGACAGUUUUUUCAUUCGGUAGCAAAAGUUGAUUAUCUCACCUUGAGACAUGGUUUUAUCUCGGCACACUUGUCAACCAGGAACGUCAACCAUUUCAAUUUCCAAGAAUACAUACAGCGAUCCUUAGACGACGAUUUCAAGGUCAUUGUUAGCAUCAGUCCUUUUAUGUGGUUUUUGGUGGCAAUUUUCUUGCUGCUGGACGUACGUGGUUGGAAUGUAUACCACUGGAUUUCCUAUGUUCCACUCGUGAUUGUGCUGGUCCUGGGAGCCAAACUUGAGGUGAUUGUUGCAAAAAUGGCUUUCCGAAUCGAUGAUCAAAACUGUGUGAGCAGAGGAACCCCUCUUGUUCAUCCAAAUGAUAAUCUCUUUUGGUUCGGUCAACCAAGAUUUGUUCUUGUUCUUAUCCAUUUUGUUCUGUUUGUGAAUGCAUUUGAGUUUGCCUUCUUCAUUUGGGUUGCAAUACAAUUCGGGCUUGAAUCAUGUUACCAUGAGAACACUUCAUUUAUUGUCGCAAGGGUCGUGUUAGCGAUCACAGUUCAAGUCAUAUGCAGCUACAUUACCCUUCCGCUCUAUGCACUUGUCACACAGAUGGGGUCUCAAUUCAAGAGUAAGGUACUAGAAGAGCAAGUGGCUAAUAUUAUAAAGCAACGGCAUGCUGAAGCGAGGGAAAGAAGGAAGACGCAAGAUCAAUAUUCUUUACGGUCUCCGCGUUCUGCUUUGUCUACUGAUCGGAGCAUCAAAAUGUACAGUCCCAUCAGAUCGCCAAGACCACCAAUAUUACAUGAACUCACUCUGUCAUCCAACGAACAACAGAUUGCUGCAAAAGAUAAUGAAAAACGAAGCCGGCUCAUCCAUUAAUCUGGGCAUCAUCCCGGGAAAUCAUGCUAGAAAUGAUGCAAACAACGAAGGCCGUAUUGAUCAUCAUAUUCAAAAACCAUGCAUGUUGAAGGAGAAAAUUCAUAUAUAUAUAUACACACACAACUCACUGGAAACGUAGAAAGAUUGUGUAUAUAUAUAUAUAUAUAUAUAUAUAUAUAUAUAUAUGAUCAUCAACACUGGUAUGGGUUAUCAUAACCCAGAAAUAAUUCGACUGUAAGUGUUUUGAGGAAUUAUUUGGCAUGUUAGCUUGUUAUGCUUAUUUGAAGAUACUACAGUUAUAGUGUCUUCAAAUUGCCAACUAUUAAAUAUUUUUAUUAUUAUAUGUUAUAUAGCAGUAAUUUAUCUUA